AUCUGGGCCUUGUGUGCUCACUGACUGUCGCCGUCGUUCAGCGCGACGCCUUAUGCCGCCAUGGUCUACAUCGCCUCCUGGCAAGAAUUUCAGGAGGCUGCCGAGGACCUCUACACCAAGGCACCCAACACUACACGCUACUGCGUCAAGUUUCGAUCGUCAGAGGGAAAGCUGGUUUUGAAGAUCACAGAUAACACAAAAUGCAUCAAGUUCAAAACAUAUUCAUCCAUCUUCCUCAAUCGGUUCGAGGCACUCAACCUUUCCCUCAUGCAAAAGAUGCAGAACAAGCGCGCACCACCACCACCAACACUUGCUGCUGCUGCGUCCGCGUCCGACGCGAUUGCGAAGGACACCGCCCUAGAUACACCACGAGCCACUACCCCUUCUGUUGUACCGACCCCGUCCGGCCCCGCUUCAGGCGGCGUGAAGAAAAAGAAACCCAAAAAGAAAAAGUAGCGGACGGGCGCUUCUGCGCUCGUGCCUACGUCAGAAGAGGGACGGAGCGGAGGGGAAGGCGGUGGGAUGUGGGCACCGGGAGCGUGGAUGGGGAUUAGGCAUGGCUGUACGAAGUUGGUGCUCGGAAAUGUGCAAUAAUGCGAUAGUUCAGGGCGACAGCCCCCCGCCGCCAGAUCUCCCCUCUCAGCUUGACUUGAUUUAGUGUGCGACAGCUACUCGGAUGGCCGGCACCUGGGACCGGAAUUGCUCUGGCAGUCGGUCGCGAAGGGUUCGGUGGUACGCACUUAACGCACUAUCAUUGGAAGUGGAAGUGACAGCACCCUUGUAUUGCGUGCGUCUGUGCCUCCACAAGGAGGCGUCUUCAAAAUUGUUCUCGCCUCCGUGGCCGUCGCGGCUUAGAGCGACGACCUAUCAGGAAUAUAUCUUGAAUCUUGCAAAAACUUUUGACACUUGAGUGGACGGUUUAGACUCCCUUCUUUC